GGACAGUCUAACCAACAUCUCUGAUGUUUGUUGUCCUCGAAGAGAAAGCUUUGGAUGAUAAGAAUAGGAAAUAUGUUUAUCCGGGCACGACUCUAUUGACAAGCCAAGGCCUGGAGACCUCACCGAUCCUUAUCAACUGAUGAAUACUCCUUUGGUCGUCUCGUCAUUAUCGUCGAUUUCCCUAUUUCAGUACUGCAGGUCGAGCAUUCCGUUAGGUCGCCACAUUUUUGGCAGGACAGCGCAUUUCCGUUGGGUCUCUCCUACGACCCCGCAUCGCCAUGCCUCCCUUACUAACUAAUCGGCAAGCCGAGGAGCUGCACAAGUCAAUGAUAGCGUACCUCGUGGCGAGCGACCUCCCAGAUACCGCGGCGGCACUCAGAAGAGAAGUGAACCUCAGCGAAGAUGUGUUUGAUCCAACUACAGCGAAAAGGUACGAAGGAAUGCUGGAGAAAAAAUGGACAAGCAUUGCCCGCUUGCAGAAAAAGAUAAUGGAUCUUGAAUCGAGAAAUGCGACGCUUCAAUCCGAACUCGAUAACUCAACACCUGCCUCCCGCUUAAAGCGCAACCAAGAUCCAGCCUCUUGGCUUCCGAGUACAGUUCGCUAUUCACUAGAAUCGCACCGAGAUAAAGUAAAUUGUGUUGCCUUCCAUCCGACAUUUUCCUCCAUUGCCUCCGGCUCCGACGAUUGCACGAUAAAGAUAUGGGACUGGGAACUCGGAGAGCUUGAGCGGACGCUUAAGGGCCAUACAAGGGCAGUCCGGGACGUUGAUUACGGCGGGCCGCGGGAUAAUGUCCUUCUGGCUUCCUGCAGCUCCGACCUGUCUAUUAAGCUAUGGAAACCGACAGACAAUUAUAAGAAUAUCCGGACGCUGCAAGGUCAUGAUCACAUCGUCAGCGCGGUUCGUUUUAUACCAUCUAGGAACCUGCUGGUGAGCGCAAGCAGAGACAACGAUAUGAGAAUCUGGGAUGUCACAACCGGGUAUUGUGUGAAGACAAUAAACGGUCAUACCGACUGGGUGCGGGAUGUUAGUAUCUCGUUUGACGGGAGGUUUCUUUUCUCCACGGGACAAGAUAUGACCGCGCGCUUAUGGGAUAUCUCUACUGUAUCGAAUAUAGAACAUAAACGAACGAUGCUUGGUCACGAGAAUUUCAUUGAAUGCUGCGCUUUUGCCCCGCCUACGUCAUACCAGUUUCUUGCGCCCUUGGCCGGACUAGGGAAACGUCCUUCUUCUACAAACGGGGCUGAUUUCAUGGCGACCGGGUCACGAGACAACACUAUUAAGAUAUGGGACAGCCGCGGGACGUGUCUCAUGACGUUAGUGGGCCAUGAUAGCUGGGUUCAGGCGCUGGUGUUCCACCCGGCAGGAAAAUAUCUCUUAUCCGUAUCGGACGACAAGACAUUAAGAUGCUGGGAUUUGAACCAACAAGGAAAGUGCGUGAAGACACUCGACGCCCACGAAAGCUUCGUCACCUCCCUGCGAUGGGCUCCAGGAGUGGCCAAGAAUGUACCCGGCGGAGACGGCGCAGCGGAGGGAGAAGGAAACGACAAGAACGGGGCUGCUAGUGAAAAUCCCGCCAAUGUCCAGAUGCGCUGCGUGAUCGCGACAGGGGGUUGGGACCAGAAAUUAAAGAUCUUUGCGGGCUGAGGUCGCGAAAGAAAUCAUCAUCGGGGAAGGAUAGGAACGGUGCUUUGUAUGGGGCUUCCUAUAACCUAUGCAAAAACGGUCAUAGAGCCAAGCUACACUCCUACAGCGAUGUAACCACGAUUCUUCUCUGCCACACACCCCCCUUCCUGUGUGUCUCUUGAGCCGAUUCCCUGAGUUUCAUGCGCCACGGGCUGGCGUAUACCCAUAGCGUUCCUCGUCGCUGUGGUGGUCGCUAUUAGUGCGACAGAGAGAAGCUUGGAUUGCCAGGACGAAUCGGACAAUAGCGACGACAGUGAUAGUUGAGUAGUAAUUUGUCCGAUGAAAGCAACCUUUUGAGGCUCAUGUGAUCUUCCCAGAAAGUGCCAGUUCGCUCUGUAUAUAUUUAUCAAGUAAAAUCAUAUAUAGUCUGGCUGAACACUGUCUGGACUCGUUAGAACUACUAGCAUUGGAGUUACUAAUCGAGUCCAUUUGUCAUACGACAUCAAUGAAGGUCGAUCAAAGAUGAGAUGCUUUCGUCAAGUUGUUCAGUUUACAUUUUAGCAAUGCGAGGUGCAUACUAGUAUCGGAUAAUUUUACUUGCAUGUGCUACAUCCAGUUCGC